AGUUUUAUGUUCUCAUUCACAUAUAAAUAUACAUGAUGUGAUGUAUAGUUUGACUUACAGUGUUCAUAUGUAUAUGUUUUAUACAACGUUUAUUUUGUAUGCACUUGAAGAACAGUGUACAUGUUGAGAUCUUAUUUUGUUAUUCAUGACGUGACUUCCUGUUGUGACGCGUUAUGUUUUGCGACCUAUUUUACGUUAAGAUGUAAGAGCGGGAGAUUGGUUGUUGUGUUCCAUGGCUGCUGACGAAAUGCUGUUCCAGUUAGCUGUGAAGAAGGAAUGAAUAAAAGGUGACGUGAUAACACUAAAGUGUGAUUCUUGGUAACAUGGCUGACGAAGCAGCCAACCCACCAGUUGAAGCAGUCAACCCAACACGUUAUGGGCCCAGGCGCGACACGGGAGGAAGAUGGCGAAGGUUGGUGUUCGACGGUGAUGAAAACAACUAUGAACUUUGGGAAGUAAAAUUUCUCGGGCAGAUGAGAAUAACAGGAUUAAAAAACGCUAUAUUAUCUGUCGAUGAACCAGACCCAGAAAAGAACGCAGAAUGCUAUGCAGAGCUUAUUCAGUUGCUCGACGACAAAAGUCUCUCGCUGGUAAUGAGAGAGGCCGCAGAUGACGGCAGAAAAGCUCUGCAAAUACUACGGGACCAUUACGCCAGCAAGGGUAAGCCCCGAAUUAUUGCCCUGUACACAGAACUAACUUCUUUGAAAAAUAAGUCUGAAGAAACAGUGACUGACUACAUUAUUCGAGCUGAAAAAGCAGUGACUUCUCUGAGAAAUGCGAAGGAAACAAUAAGUGACGGACUGAUAAUAGCCAUGAUUCUGAAAGGCCUUCCAGAAACAUACAAGCCUUUUGCAAUACAUACAACUCAAACCAGUGAAGAACUAUCAUUUACACAGUUCAAAAGCAACCUACGGAGUUAUGAAGAGACAGAAAAAUUCGACAACAAACCAAAGUCGGACAACGUUAUGAAAGUGGAUGUAUCUUCUGUAACAUGCUACGUAUGUGGACAACGUGGGCAUGUUGUGAGAGAUUGUCGCCAACAAGGAGCACCAAAAUGGUGUAGCUUCCACAGAAGCUCAACCCACAGCAACAAGACAUGCAGAAGAAAGACCAACUUCAAAGAUGACGCAAAACAAACUGCUGAAAGACAAGAAAAGCAUGAGGAGGAACAAACCUUUGUAUUCAAAGUAAGUCACAACUUUCUACCAAAUGACAUUAAAGAAAAAGGACUGAUGGUUGAUUGUGGAGCCACAUCACACAUCAUAACAGAGAAAGACAAAUUCACAACAUUUGAUGAGUCGUUUAACCCAAUGAAGCACUACAUGGAGCUAGCUGAUGGAUCCAGGGCAAACAACGUAGCAUUGAAACGUGGUGACGCGGAGGUGUAUCUACAGGAUUCAAAUGGAAGACUCGUCCCUGUCACUCUGAAGGAGGCCUUGUUCAUACCAACGUAUCCUCAGGAUAUAUUCUCUGUAAAAGCAGCCACAAGCAAUGGUGCCAAAGUGGUCUUCAAAAGGGGACAGAAUUAACUCACAACCAAAGAUGGAAUCGUCUUCUGCAUUGAAGAAUACGAGAGACUGUAUUAUCUGAAAACGGGCAGUAUGUGGAGUUCCACAAACUUAUAGUGAAGCCCUGAAGUCACCAGAGGCGCUUCGAUGGAAGCAUGCCAUGACAGAAGAGAUCAACUCACUGAAAGAAAACAACACAUUUGAACUGACAUCAUUACCUAAAGGUAGAAAUACAGUUGGAGGAAAAUGGGUAUAUGCCCUCAAAGAACAUGCAGAGAAUGAAAAAAUCUAUAAAGCUAGAUAUGUAGCGAAAGGAUACAGUCAGACAGAAGGAAUAGACUAUCAUGAAACUUUUGCGCCAACAGCAAACAUUACAUCAGUUCGAGCGCUGAUGCAGAUAGCAGUCCAAAAUGACCUCAUCAUACAUCAGAUGGAUGUUAAGACGGCAUAUUUGCAUGCCCCAAUACAGGAAGAAAUCUUCUUGGAACAACCAGAAGGUUUCAGAGUAACAUCGGAUACUGAAGAAAAAUUAGUAUACAAACUAAAGAAAUCUCUUUAUGGCCUGAAACAAUCUGGGAGAAAUUGGUACAAACUACUAAAUGAUUAUCUAGAGCAAAAUAGCUUUGUAAGAAAUCCAAAUGAUCACUGUGUUUACAAACAACAGACAGAAAAAGGUACCAUUCUUGUCAUCAUAUGGGUGGAUGACUUGAUCAUUGCAGCCAGUGAUAAUGAUCUGUUGAACAGAUUCAAAGAUACUAUGAAAUAAAAAUUCAACAUGAAAGACUUGGGGGAAAUAUCAUAUUUCCUUGGCAUACAGUUUGAGCAAAAGAAAGGAGAAAUCAAAAUGAACCAGAAAAAUUAAAUCGAAAAGAUGCUAGAAAGAUUUGGAAUGUCAGAAUGUAAACCAAGGUAUACACCAAGUGAACAAAAACAACUGGAAGAUGUCAAAAAUGAGAUUGUUAAUCCCAAAGAAUAUCGUGAGAUUGUGGGCAGUUUGAUUUAUGCCAUGACUUGCACCAGACCAGAUAUUAGUUGGAUAGUUAGUAAACUAUCUCAAACACUGGCAAAUCCAAAAGCAGAAAAUCUGGUGGCUGCUAAGCAUGUGUUAAGGUAUCUCAAAGGCACAAAUGACUAUGAACUAUGUUUUAAGAAAAGCGAGGAAGAUCUGAACCUGAUUGCAUUCAGUGACUCAGAUUGGGCUUCGUCUGUGGAAGACAGAUGUAGCACUACAGGCUAUUGUUUUAGCCUAACAAAACAAGGACCAGCAAUUUCAUGGAAAUCAAGGAAACAGCCCACAGUGGCUCUGUCAACUUGUGAAGCUGAAUACAUUGGACUUACAGCCACUACACAGGAAAGCAUGUACCUAACACAACUGUUAAAUGGCAUGGACAAUAAAGUGUACACCUGUACUAAAAUUCGUGGUGAUAAUCAGGGAGCCAUUGCACUGAGCAAGAAUCCCGUAAACAGAAAGAGGUCUAAACACAUUGAUGUAAAAUAUCAUUUUAUUCGAGAAGCACUAAGCGAGAAGAAAAUAGAUAUUAUUUACUGUCCAUCGGAAAACAUGACUGCAGACAUUCUAACAAAACCUGUUACAAAAGCAACAAUAAUUAAUUUCAAGAAAUGGUUCUUUGGAAACUAAAGCCAUGAGAGACCAUGGUAUUUGGGUUAAGAUGAUGAGAACAAUAGGGGGUGUUGAGUUUUAUGUUCUCAUUCACAUAUAAAUAUACAUGAUGUGAUGUAUAGUUUGACUUACAGUGUUCAUAUGUAUAUGUUUUAUACAACGUUUAUUUUGUAUGCACUUGAAGAACAGUGUACAUGUUGAGAUCUUAUUUUGUUAUUCAUGACGUGGCUUCCUGUUGUGACGCGUUAUGUUUUGCGACCUAUUUUACGUUAAGAUGUAAGAGCGGGAGAUUGGUUGUUGUGUUCCAUGGCUGCUGACGAAAUGCUGUUCCAGUUAGCUGUGAAGAAGGAAUGAAUAAAAGGUGACGUGAUAACACUAAAGUGUGAUUCUUGGUAACAUGGCUGACGAAGCAGCCGACCCACCAGUUGAAGCAGUCAAC